AGAAAGGUUCCGGGGCAGGUUUAGUUCCGAGAGGUUCCUCCUCGUGAGCCGCCGCAACCGCCGGCUGAACUGCCACAAUGAUCCCGAUCCCGGUGGUGGUGUGCGUGUUGGGGGGCUGGUGCGCCAUCUACCUGGCGGAUACUCUGCUCAAGUCAUCCAGCUCUUUGAAGGCAUCUUAUGAAGACUGGUUGGUGAAUUAUGGCUUGAGUGUCUCUCCUUUUCACAUGCGAUGGCAAACAACGCUCUUCAACCGGCAGUUCUACAACUGGGGGAGGUGGAAACCCAGAUUUCUGUAUUUAUGGUUCAGCAUGGGAAUGGUGUUUGGUAUAGCUGCUAUGUUUGGCUCUGUGAUUCUUCUUGGAAAGACACUGAUGCAAACACUGACACAGAUGCUGACUGAGGCACCAACAGCCCAGAAUGAUCGCAUGCUGCAAGUUGUGGUGCCUGGUGUAAAUUUGCCUGUCAGCCAGCUGACCUAUUUCUUCUCUGCAAUCCUCAUCAGUGGUGUGAUACAUGAAGUCGGCCAUGGGGUGGCAGCUAUUCGAGAACAAGUACGAUUUAAUGGAUUUGGGAUUUUUAUCUUCAUUGUCUAUCCUGGCGCGUUUGUUGAUCUCUUCACAACCCACUUGCAACUAAUAUCACCAGUCCAGCAGCUAAGAAUAUUUUGUGCAGGAGUGUGGCAUAAUUUUGUUCUCGGUGUUGUGAGUUUCAUGGUUUUAUUUCUGCUGCCAGCCUUUCUUUUCCCUUUUUAUUACACGGGUGUUGGGGCACUUGUCACUGAAGUAAAAGAGGAUUCUCCUGCCAAUGGACCAAGAGGUCUUUUUGUGGGAGAUAUCGUCACUAGUCUACAAGACUGCUCAAUCUAUGGUGUAGAAGACUGGAAUUCCUGUCUGGGAGACUUUUCGCAGAAAUCACAGAUUGGCUACUGUAUAAAUGCAGCCACUCUACAACAACUAAGCUUUCCAGCUAGAGUUUAUAGAAGACUUGAUGGCACAGUUGAAUGUUGUAGUAACAGUAGCCUCACAGACAUUUGCUUUUCGUACAACAAUAACUUGGACAGCCAUCGGUAUGCCUGUCUGCCAGCACGAAAAGUUAUCGAGGCCAGCAAAGUUUGUCGAACCAAUGCAGACUGUCAGAAGGACAUUGUUUCAAGCUUUUGUGUGACUCCUUCUUUAGAGAAUCAAACAAGACUAAUCAGGGUAAAACAUCCACCCCAUAUGGACAUGCUGUUUGUAGGACACCCCAUGCACCUUCAGUACACAGUAAGUCUCAGCAGUUUUGUACCACGACAUAACUUUCUAAGCAUUGAUCUGCCAGUGGUGAUAGAGACAUUUUGCAAAUACCUAAUUUCACUGUCAGGAGCACUGGCAGUUAUCAAUGCUGUACCCUGCUUCGCUUUGGAUGGUCAGUGGAUAUUAAAUUCUUUCCUGGAAGCCACUCUGAGCUCCUUGAUUGUAGAAAAACAAAACAGAGAGCUUGUUGGCUUUUUAAUUUUGCUUGCUGGGAGUACACUUUUGGCUGCCAAUGUUGCACUGGGACUUUGGAUGGUUACAGCACGAUAAGACACCGGAUAUUCAUCAAUCCUUGUAUUACAUGGACAUAAUGAAUCUAAUGCCUUUUAAAACUUGUUCAGUACUCAAAUUGAAAUAAUUCCCUUAAAAUGACACUGAAAGAACAAUCACUAGAGGCUCCUGAUGUAACUUAAAUCUGUGCAGUGUUGUGUCUGUGGUCUUGGGAAGAAUAAGAGAAAGAAGAAGAACCUUUUAAUGUACCACUUAAGCACUGUAUUAAUUUCAGAGAAGUUCCAUUGUAAAACUUCACUGGAAAAACCUGAUUUAUUAACUUAAAUCUCAGAAUAAGGGAAUUAUUUGGCCUCAGACAUUUGUAAAGUGGAAAGAGAAAACACUUAAAUCUUAUAAUUUGAAUAAUGUAAAAAAAAAAUGUGGGCUCUGAUUGUUUCUCAGUCAGUGUUAUCUUGAGUGCCUGUUCUGCUUUUUAAUCUGGUGUUCUACCAAAUGGGACUCUUAGACGCCUUGAAGUCUUCAUCUCAAAAUGGUGUAAAACUAAUUAAAUGGUUGCCAUAUAUUAAUGAGAGAGAGGCCAUAUGGGUUAGUAUCUUUCCUUUACAGCUGGCCAAAAUGACUGGAAGCAUACUGUCCUCAGGAUGUAGAGGGGAAAUGCCAGUGUCUGUUGAGAAUGAGAUAUGUGGGAGGAUAACAAAGCCCAGGUGUCUGUGUUACUUAGGCAUUUGGUUGCAUAUUACUCUGCACAGCUGAAGAUUUCAUAAAGGCAAUAUUUGUCAACAAUAGCUAGACCAGUAACUGAAAUUUAAUUUUUCAGUGCUAUAGAAUGCUGUGCAAAAUUAUUGCUGAGUGAUAAUAUUUGUGUCCUUUUACUCAGAAAAUAGUACUGCAUACAGUUAAAAGUGAAAUCUGUUGUUUGUAUAGUGUCUGUCUUCUGAUGCUAUGCAUGCUGUAUGCCUGGUAACUCACUGACAUUUCUCUGUCUUUCAAUGGGUUGCUUUUCUGUGUUGUAAUUGAAGUGUUGUUGAAGCUGCUCUGGGAUCAGGAUUGUUUAGAGGAAGAACAUGAUUCUGAAUCUAAGUUUUCUAACACUUGGUUUUGCUUUCUGAAGUUAUUGUGGACCAUAUAUUUGUUUUUAAAUGAGCAAUGGAAGAGGAAACUGUUUUGCUGACUCAAGUAUGUCUGACGUAUUCUGAAGCCCUUUAAACCUGUAAUGUUUGGUAUCUCAGUAGGAUUGUACACUGACCAUUGUGUCCUCCUGUUUUGUAUAAAUCAGAUUUAUUGAGACACUUGUCUCAAUACAGGCUCAUAUUUCCAAUAAUGCUGCUCUGGUUUGGAAGCCUGCAUAUUUGAAAUAUGGAAAUUUUGGAAAAUCAUCCGCAGCUUGUAUCUCACCCAGUGCUCCCAACAGGAGCUUCUGCAGCUCAGAGUUCCUUUAAGGAGAUGGCCUUUCCAUUCAUGAACUUAAGUGGAAGAUAAGUUAAUGGGUAAUGGCCUGCAGGGGUUGUGAGGCAUUCAUCAUCAGCUAAAACACAUUAUCUUGGUGCUAGAGCCAUAAGGGUAAUUUUAACAGCAGGGUUGAGCCCUAUUCCUGGUGCUGCUGCAUGGAUACAUAACUCUGAUAUUAACAUUUGCUUACCGAUGUGUUACGGUAUUUUUGCAUAGUAGCCUUUGCAUAAGCUGGGCCUCCUGAAUUCAGCUUUGUGGGAUGCAGGCCUGUGCCUCUGAUUUUCAGUUGUUUAAGCCUAGGCAUCUGAAUAAAUCCUUCAGCCAAUUCAGUGUGAGUUGGUCCUCCUGGGGACUUCAGAAGUCAUCCAGUGCAGGAAAGGAAAACAGAACUAUUACAAACUGCCAACUGGCUUCUUAGGAGCCACCAGGAAAAGCCUAGAUCAUUGUCACUUUCAGUAGCUUGCAGAAGAUUCAAAGUAGCAGUUUCUGAUGUGCCUUUCUUCCCUCUCUCCAUAAGCAGCAGUGACAUGAGCAACCUGGUUCUUACAGAGGCUGGAGCUAAAGUUAUGUUCUAGAAGGCUGUUCAUUCACCUAAGUAGCUGCUUACUAAUCUGAGCUCUUCUUUUCAAGCACCAUUCCAGUUUCCAAGCACCAUGCCAGUUUCCACUGUCUCUGUUUCUUGUCCAAUCGAUAGUGCACAAAAUGAAUUUGCUCUCUCGUGCAAUUUAAUAAGACCAGAUAUAUUAGCUUUUCAAAAAAGAUACUGUUUAUGUAUCAGAGUUGUAGAGCUAUCUUAAUUUCUAGAGGAAUAACAAAUGCAUCUAGUGAUUUCAAAAAUAUCCAAUGAAAAGCAUUUCAAGUUUGAUUUAUAUAUUCAUGCUGACUCUAGCUGCUUGGGAUGAUCUGUUUUGCAUAAUAACUCCUCCUGGAGUUCAAAGAGAAGUUGUUUUUAAAUAAUACAUACAUUGCAUCUACUAUAUGGAUGCUAGCAGAUUGUUCCUCGUCAUCUAAUGUGCUACAAAACAUGAUUUAACAAAUGAAAAAUCCUAUUGAUUUCACUUUGUGAUCUCUGAAAAUCAAACUUGGACUAAGUUGAAUUUCAAUCUGAAAGUUUUACCUCAUAAUCAAAAUGAGGGUAGAGAAGACUUGUUGAUCAUGGCUUUACCAAAAGAGACAAGCUAGUACACUGUUAAGGCCAUGUAUAAUUUCUGUGGUAGAGGUAAGUGAUGUAAGGGUUUUAAAAUAAUUAAUGGGUCUAUUUCUCUGUUCUACUGCAUGGGGUUUGAUUUAGGUAGGCGUAGGUACUUUGAAUCAAGGGUUUAAGCAAACUGAGAUCACUUUGGUGACCCAGCACGUACCUUAGAUUAACUGUGGAAAAAGGUAAUGGCUAAGGUGGACCAUCCUGUGAAGAAAAAGUUGUUUAGUGGAUCCAUUUUAUUAUCCUAUAAUCUUAAUGUAUGGAUUGCAUUCUGUAAAGCAAGUGCCAUUUUUUACCUACAUACAGUUACUGGAAUGGUUGGUUUUGUUUUAUUUUGUUGCUACUCUUUUUUUUUUUUUGUUUAGCAAGGGAGAACACAGAAGGGCACAUCAUGUUCUGCGUGAUGCCUUUUUAUUCUGGGUUAUUUGCAAUGUUUCUUCUAUUUAUAUUUUUAUGAAGACUAAAAGGCAAUCUUUCUUUAAAAUGAAAUCUUUUUCACUUCUCAGAAUUAGCCUCCCAGAAUAGAGCUUAUUCUGUAAUAAAGAAUAUAUAGAUAUCGUUAUAGGGGUUAUUUUCUCAAGUGUAAAACAGAACGCUCUUAAUGAUUGGAUGAAUGCUAGUAUUUAUAUAUAUACAAUUUUUAAAAAUCUGUAUCAGAUGGAAGAAGUAAUGUCAGCAAUUGGGAAGUGUUGUACAUAGUUUUUACUUGAAAAUUGUCAGAAUUCUAUAAUUGUAAUCAAUUAUUGUUCUGAUUUGUUGUUUUUAUUUUCAGGAGACUUUUUUUUUUUUUUUUUUUUUAAUAUCAGCAAGGACUUCCAUAGCAUGGUCUCAUAAUGCAUGGUGUGACAAUGAUGACGGGUAACUUCUUAGAACAUAGGAUGUUACACGCUCAUUGCUAGCUUUGAAGUUAAAACCAGCUUGCUUCCUUGUAACUUAAAUCGAAAAACUUUGCUAGGGAAAUUGCAGACAAACCUGCAGAUUUUUCAGUCCAAAGUUAUGAGCUGGAUGAGCUGGAGUGGAAAAUGUGUUAACUCGCUCUUUUAUUACAACAAAACAACCAACUGUAUUGACAAUUACAUUUUUAAGUGGUCAUUCUAAUUUUUUGUCUAUGUGUGUAUAUACAGAAAUACAUAUAGUAGAUACGUAUGGAGCCACAGUUUGUAUUGCUGCUUUUUCAGAGAUAACAGAGCUAUCCUCCAUAUUCCGCAAUGCAGGUAUUUUUCUUUCUCUUUAUGAAUUCCCUGACUCUUUCUGGAUUUUAAAACUGGAGCUGUGCUCUCCUCCCUUAACUGAUCUGUAGGGAUUUCUUACUGAAAGACAUGUGAUGGACAUAAUGUAACCACAGCUGCUUAAGUUUGAUUCAGCUGAUGUUCAAAAUGCAUUUCCUGCUUUAUGAGAAGCCUCAGCUAUAGGCACGGUAAAUAAAGAUUUCCAAAGUGGUUAAAA